UGAGGCUGUUUUACAAUCAGGGAAUUCUCAGUCAGCUGAACAGGAAGUGUUUAUCUCUAGUUGUAGUUAGAUUUGUUGUGGCGUGGGGGUAACAGUUGCAAGCUCAGCUAAUCAUUGAUGAGAGACAGAUUGGGGAAUUGGAGGGUCCAUGUCUGGCUGUGUCAGUGGGUUCAGGUGAAAAAGGGGAAAGGGCCUGUGAUUGACCUUGUCACAGGUGAACAAAGAAGUCAUCCAAAGUCCUAUGGGAGCCCUGAGAAAGAGUGGGCAGUCUCUUCAAACUAACGUGGGGAAGGGUCAUUCUUUGUGUUGUUCUUGCCAAGGCUAUUUGGACUAAAGAUUGAGACAGCUGAGAGCCUUAUCUGACUUGUCUGCUGCUGGCGAGAUCCCAGACUGUCAUGAAGUGCUGUGUCUUCUUCAUGCUCAUGAGCAUGGCUGGAGUCAUUCUGGCAGCAGAUUCCAACACUGAGAAGACGAAUGAAGUAGAUUUUACUAUUCCUUAUAUGGUCUACCUGCAGUCCUUCCCAGAACCCUGUGUGGGGACACUUAUUCACCCACAGUGGGUACUGACCGCUGCUCACUGCCCCUCUCCUGUUAAAAUCCGAUUGGGCAUUUAUCAACCCAACAUCAAAAAUAAGCACGAGCAGACCCAGAGUUACUCAAUGACUGUGCCCUACCCUGACUUCAACUCAGAAUAUCUGAGCAAUGACCUGAUGAUGAUAAAACUGUCUGAGGCCGCUAAAAUCACCACCCAAGUGGGAACCAUAGCCAUAGCUAUGGAACCCUUAUCACUUAAUGAAUCCUGCUUUAUCCCAACCUGGACCUGGAGUAAAUAUAAAAACCUUAGUGACCCUGACAUCCUGACUUGGAUAAACCAAUAUACUCGUCCCUACGAUGAGUGCCAGAACAUGCAAGACGAAAGAACGGCAGCAAACGUUCUGUGUGUGGGGCAGCCUCUAAAGACCCUGUCUGAUGCUAAGGAAGUCUCGGCAGCUCCGGCCAUCUGCGGUGGGAGGGUACAUGGAAUCUUGAGUUGGGCAAAAGGAAGUGUCACCCUUGGAAAUGAAGGAUUCUUCACAGAAAUCAGUUCUUAUUCAAGAUGGAUCAUGAGCAUCAUUGAAAGCUACUGAGGCGUCUCUGGUCCUCCAUCCCCUCAGUGCAGUAUCUUCAUGAUUUCCACCCUGGAUCUACAACUCUCUUUAUUAUGUUUCUUGUUCUUGACCAGAAUUUAUUAAAAAGAAAUGACACUAAAACUCUGUGACACUAAAAACUUAUUUCUUUAUCAUAUAAACUGUAAACAUGAUGAGAAAUCUAACAACAUACCCAACCAUUUGUUCAUUCAAAAAUUGUUGAAAUGUCUGCUGUUUGGUAGGUACUGCAUAUGCCUGGGGCUUUCAGGUGGC